GCAUAGAGUUCUGUGUCGUCGUGUCCGAGUAUUCUUUUUUUAAUAAGUAAAAGUAAAGAGUGUAAUUUACUUUCGCAACUGCGCGCUGUUAAAGCCGAGGCGCCAAAUAUAAUAAAUGUGAUAAAACCCGGUUGUUGUUGAUUGGCAGCGCAAAAAUGAAUGAGACAAAAGCCGGUGCGAAGGCGCAAAAGAAAUUGCAGAAAGCAAAUAAGAAGCAAUUGCAGAAGCAGCAACAAAACCAACAACAAGCAGCAACAACAACAGCAGCAACAACAGCAGCAGCAGCAACAACAAAUGGCAACAAAAAUGGAAUCGUCAAGACUGCUUUGAAUGCGAAGAGCACAGCGACGCUAUCGAAGCAAAAUAAUCGUAGCAACAACAACAAUAUCAACAACAACAGCAACACUGUGCCCAACAACAACAACACAACAUCAACAACAACGACUGCUAAUGAAACGUUAACAAGCAGCACUACGCCUCCCACCUCCACCACAAAUAUCACGCAAAAAUUCCGGGAGAACUAUGAGGCGGAGCGAAAACUGCGGGAGACAGCGCAGCUGGCGUCCAUGCCCAGCAAUGAGCAUCUGCCCAAAAUGGAGCGUAAGAAUAGCUUUCGCAAUAAGCUGUCGCGGCUUAUUAACCACAUGACGGGCAGCAAGGAGAAUUUGACACGCAGCGAUGACUUCAAGGACGAGGACGGCAAGACGCCGUUCACAUUUACGCGCAGUCGCUCCAUGAUUAUGCUACGGCGACCCAAUCGACGCAGUUUCAUCGAGCCGCAGCUGGAGCAACUCUCAGAGGAAGCCGAAAAGUCCGGCGAUCCCAUAUCGCCUGCCUCGCCACGCAAGAACUCCGCCAUCGAUAGCAAGGAUGUGAGUGCGGAUUCGCCGCAGCUGCGCCGGCGCGCCGAUACGGCGAGCAAUGUAAAGACGCCGCUGAGCCGUCGCCAGUCGGCACAAGCGUUCACCUCAACGCCGCAAGAGAGCUCGGCCAGCAAGCCGGCCUACAAUCCGCAGCUGCAGUUCCAGAAACGUCGCUCCAGCACGCUGAUCGAGAGCUUCAAAGCCACGUUCAGUGGCCUGGCCAGCAGUGGAGACAGCGGGGAUAAGAAGAAGGAGAAGAUGAACCCCAAGUGGAGCGCCUCGCUGCAGUCGCUGCAGGCCAUUGAUAAUAUGGUGAGCUAUGCCAACAUGUCCUUCAUCGACUACGACAAGUUCAAUGGCUAUGAGAAGCAGCUGGAGCGUCAGGUAUCGCUUAUGAGUCUGGCCGAGCAGCAGCCGCUGCCGCUAGCCACGCCCACGCCCUCACUCACGCCCACUCAACAUCCGCUAGCCAUUGCCCAUUCCCCACUGCCACUGGAGGAGUCAGUGUCGCUGCGAGCGGCCUCCAGUCCGCCCUAUCAGCGCGCCUGCUCCGUGGAGAGCACAUCAAAGAGCAAAGUCGUGCUGCGUCGUCGGCGCAGCAACAAAUCCCUCGACUCCGACUACGAGCACAACCUGGACAAGCGGCACAAUUUGUAUCGCGACAGCUUAGACUCGCGCACGCUGCAAUUGCUCAAUCAAUGUUCCCGCAACUCCUUCAUCCAGGAUCAGCCCAUGCUCUUCGAUGCGCUCAACCUAGAGGACGCCACAGCGAAUCGCUGCACCUAUUGUGCGCACCACUUGCUCAAGAGCAACAGCUUCAAGCGGCAACGGGACGCAGUCGAUGGUCCAGGCAGAACCAAAAAACAGCUGAAAUCGAAAAGCCUGACACACUUGGACGGCCUCGACACCAGCGUGUCAUGUCAGCACGAAACCGGCGCAGCGGCUGUGUCCACGGGCAAGACAUCGACAGCUGCCCAACUGGGCCAGCUGGGCCAGGGGGUGCAUAUUACAAGCAGUCAGGAGUGCUUUUCAGUCUCCUUUCGCCUGGAAGCAUCGCAGCAUCACGACGAGGAGUUCAUUCCAGUCACAAAAGGCACCACCCUCAUAAAUGCGCUGCAUCCGGCCCUACGCAAGCGAAAUUUGAGCUUUUCGCAGAUUCUAAUAACGGAUAACAACCCCUCGAGCAGUUAUUUGGAUGCAGGACCCGCGAGCCUGAGUAGAUUGGAUGAGCAAACCGAUGUGGAGAGCUUGGCUGGACAUCAUCUAAUUAUCACAGAGCGCGAUGGCAGUCGCAAAACUUUGCAAAAAGCCGCCUCAUUUGGCUCAAGACAACGUCCGCCUCGGCUGCUUUCGUCGGCUUCCACAGAGGAAACGAGCGAAGCCAGUGGCCAUAAGCAUAUUAAGCAGCGUUGGUCCUCCAUCUUUGGCGUCAAGAACCCACAGCAGAGCCAGCUGUACGAGCUGCUCAGUAAUUAUACAAAAAACGGUGUGCCCCAACGUUCGGCUGGCUUCAACUUUGAGCAUCCCUCGCUGUCCGACUCGCUCGCCUAUCUGCAUAAUGUGAGCAAGUCCUGGCGGGACUUUAUCGAAUGCAAAUCCAUGAGUGAGAACGAAAUUAAAAUACAAACUGCCAUUUGGGAGCUGGUCACCACGGAAAUCUAUUAUAUUCACGCCCUGCAAACUGUUACGGAUCUCUUUCUCGCCUGCCUGGAGGCGGUGCAGGAGGAGGGCCUGCUCACCGAAGUCGACCAGCACAAGCUGUUCUCCAAUGUGCGCUCUGUGUGCGAGGCGAACAUUAAAUUCUGGACACUCUGGCUGUAUCCGAUGGUGGCGAAUAGCAUUGUGACGCAUGAGCCGCUGCGCUGUGGCUUUUUCCUCGAUGGCUUCAUAGCGUUCGCCUCGAUCUUUGCGCCCUAUAAGGUCUAUUGCGCUGAGCAGAGCACGUGUCAGUUUUACUGCAAGGAGUUGAAUCAGAACAACGCGCUCUUCACAGCGUAUCUGGCCUGGUGUGAGUCGCAAAAGAUGUGCAAUCGUCUGCGUCUGGCGGAUAUUGUGGUGCGUCCCAUGCAGCGUCUUACCAAGUACAGUCUGCUGCUGGCGGCGAUUAAAAAGCAUAUGUCGGAUGUGGAGGAAAUUGAAGCCAUUGAUGUGAUGAUACACAGCGUCGAGAAUUUUGUGUUUAGUGUCAACAAUCAUUUGACUAUGCGCCAGGAGAGCGAACGUCUCAAGGGUGUCAUGGCGCGCAUUGAGUCGUACGAUGUCUUGGACUCGAACAACGAGGUGCUGGACAAGCUAAUCAAGCAGCAUAGUCAGAUGUUUGAUCUUUGCGCCCCCAUGCCCGGCUGUCCAGCGUAUCAUGUGCGUCAUUUGUUCAUGGAGGGGGACCACAAAUUCAAGGACACCUUCGGCAAAAGCGAUGUGCAUUGUUUUCUGUUGACGGAUAUUCUGCUCGUGUGCAAGGCCAUGGCCAAAAAGGGACAGGGCGCACUCAAGGUCAUACGCCAGCCCUUUCUAACGGAUCAUCUCAUUGUGCAUCUGUCCAACAACAACACGCUCAACUGCGUCUAUCUCAACGAGUUCCAAGUGGCCACCACCGCCUUCACGCUGCAAUGCUCCGAGGCCAAGAACUGGUACGAUGCACUCUGGCGCGCCAAGACAAUCUAUCAGCGUCUGAAGCGCGGCAUUAGCGGCAAUGCUGGCGACAGUUUUCGCUUCGGCGCCACCAGCGCCACGGGCGAUUCCUUGGGCGUGCGCAAGUCGCCCAUCAACUCCUCCAUCUGCAGUCAUGUGUCCAGUGCGAACAAUAGUCAUAGCGGUAGCGUGGAGUGGAACGAUUCGCGCAACAUUUCGGUUGAGUUUGAGAAAACCAAUUCGCUGUCCAGUGACGAAGGCGCCACCAGCCUGAUGGGCAACCAUGCCAAGAGCAAACAACAAUUGUUCAGCGGCCUGGCCAAGUCAAAAGUAAAUGCGGCUGGCUCCACCUCCACCUCCAACACUUUGACUGUCCAACCAGUGAACCAUCUGGGCCAGAGCUUGCCCAAUCUAAGCUCGCAAAAUCCUCAAACUAACAAUACAUUACUUGUACCGGGCACGAUUACCAGUCACUCUGGUAAUAUAUUGUUAUCGCCCAGUCAUCGCGGCAUAUCCUAUCCACCGCCCAGCCCAACGAGAGUUCCGCUUCGACGUGGUAUGGCGUUCUCCACCUCAACGAAGAAUCCGCCGUUGCUGAAGACACGCCACAUAACAUCCCAGAACAGUAUUAACUGGCAUCAGAUACCCGCCACGCCCACGCCGCCCAGUCCGCGAUCGCAGCACCAUUCGCCCGGCAACGCAGCGGCGUACAGUCUGCAAAGCUCGAUGCCUGCGCUUCUAUCCAGCGACAGCCAUGCGAGGGCCGCCUUGCCGCUGCUGCAGGAGCAAAUCACUUUUGAGAAGCAUCUGCAAGCAGCGAAGCAGCCUCUGCUGGAUCCGCAGCAGGCGUCAGGCAAUGAAACUGAUGUUUAACGGUCCAACCAUGCAAGUCUUGUUUGUGCGCAGUUCAUGAGGAUAUUAUAUUAUUAUUUAUAUGUAUAUUGUAAGGGUAUUUUGUCUUCGGCAUGCCGUAGUUAGCUCUUCCUUCUUGUUGCUAGUUACUAGUUGCUAGUUGCAUUGAAACUAUGCUAAAGACCUUUAUUAUAUGAGAAAAACAAAAGAGCAGAACACAAACGAAUAGAAUAUUGGGUCCAAAUAAGAUACAAAUAUCACUUACAUUCCAAACUAAGAAUUCCCUAAUACUACUAC